AUGGAUCGAAUACGUCGAUCGUUUCGGCAGUCUUUCCGGCGUCGAGUACCCGGACAGUAUUUUGGCGGUGGUGGUGGUGGAAGCCCGACCGGAGGCGAAGCGCCGAAUGGCUCAACAAGCAGUUCAAAUGGCAGUAAAGCUGGACUGUGGCAGCCAGACGAAGCUGCCGUCUUGAAUGGCACUUGUAGUUUCAGUGUUCGGGUAUGA